AUGUCUUCUGAGCAAAUAACCUUGCGAGAGCGGCAAAUAUCUGCUCUUGAGCGGAUGCUCCAUUUGAACAAAGACGGCGCUGCUGACUUGACGUUGGCAUCUAAACUGGAAGAAAUUGUGUGGAAAGUGCUCGUUAUGGACAAAAAAUCCCAGGCGGUGAUAUCGUCAGUUUUACGUGUCAAUGACCUUUUACGAUGUGGAAUCACGGUCCACGCGUUGAUUUCCGCCAACAGAUCGCCGUUGCCGGACGUUCCCGCUAUCUAUUUUGUAGAGCCAUCGGUGGAAAAUGUGACACAAAUCAUCCACGAUUUGCAGAAUGACGUCUACGACUCCUUUUAUGUAAAUUUCACAUCCACCAUCAACAGAGAGCUUUUGGAAGAGUUUGCAAAGAAAGUGUCGCUCUGUGGGAAGGGAGCCAAGAUCAAGCAGGUGUACGAUCAGUUUGUCAACUUCAUUGUCACCGAGCCAAACUUGUUUCUGCUUGACGUGCCCAAAACAUUCACCAAAUUCAAUUCGCCUACAACUUCCGAGGACGCGAUACAUAAGCUUGCUGACGUCAUUGCUGACGGUUUGCUUGCCACGCUUGUGACGAUGGGGUGCGUUCCAAUCAUCAGGUGCCCGAAGAACGGGCCUGCCGAGCUCGUAGCCACUCAAUUGGACAUGAAAUUGCGAGAUUACAAUACAAAUUCGAGAGGAACGGCGUCGUCAUUACAACAGCGGCCGGUUUUGAUUCUCUUGGACAGAAAUAUCGAUUUGGCCACGAUGUUCUCUCACUCGUGGAUCUACCAGUGUAUGGUCAGUGACGUUUUUGAUUUACGCAGAAACACAAUCAAAUUGGUGAAGUAUGACGACAACGGCCUGUCGCAUGUCAAAAGCUACGAUGUGGAUCCCAAAGAUUUUUUCUGGAACAAAAACUCCCAGUUACCUUUCCCUGAUGUGGUUGAAAACGCCGAUUUCGAGUUGAACUUGUACAAGAAAGAUGCACAAGAUUUGACCAACAGAACAGGCAUCUCCAGCAUCAACGACAUCAACCCGGACGCUAACACUGACACCUCGUUGAUUCAGCAGGCUGUAGAGGCGUUGCCAGAGCUCACGGCAAGAAAGACAACCUUGGACAUGCACAUGGACGUGCUUGGAUCGCUUUUGAAGGAGUUGGAGGCGAAGACUCUCGACAAAUUCUUCGAGAUCGAACAAAGUUUCUCAGACCCCAAAGUUCAAAGCGAGUUUCUUGAACUUUUGAGGUCAGACUCAAAGAGAGACAACUCUUUGGAUAAACUUCGGACGUUUUUGAUCUUGAGCAUCUUGGCCGAUCUCCCUGAGUCGUACUCGCAACAGUGUGAGCGCACGUUGACAGAGAAGUACCCAGAUCUCGACAUGGGCGCAUUGAAAUACAUUCGUAAGUUCAAGCAAAUGACCAAACUUUCACAAAAUGCGUCUUUAAACGAACAAUCGAGCUUGAAACACAAUUUGGGCGAGACAAACAACUCGGCUUUGUUCAACGGUCUCUCGCUGAAGUUGUACGGGUUUACCGAGGGCAAGCUCUCAGGAGGAAUUUCGUCGCUUGCCAGCGGUCUCAAAAAGCUCUUGCCGGAGAAAAAGAAUUUGCCAAUCACCAACAUCGCCGAGGCAAUCAUGGAUCCGGCUAACGCAUCUAACAACUCCAUGCACAUCACUGAUGACUACCUAUACCUUGAUCCUAAGUCACGAGGGGGCCAUUCGAAGCCUCCAAAGAGACAGAGCUACGAAGAAGGCAUUGUGUUUGUGGUUGGCGGUGGCAACUACCUAGAGUAUCAAAACUUGCUGGAAUGGGCAAAUGUUCCUAAUAGAACGAAGAAAAACAUCAUUUACGGGUCCACCGACAUCGUCACGGCGAGAGAUUUUAUUAACGAAGCACUGGAGCUUGGAAGAUUGGAGUGA